AUGUUGUCUGCUUCCAGAAUUGCUAGAACGAACGUUCGUUCUGCGCGUGGAUUGGCUACUGCCGCUUUAACCAGAGAUUCCAAGGUUAACCAAAAUUUGUUGGAAGCUCACUCCUUCAUCAACUACAAGAAGAACUUGGAAAAUGUUGAAAUCGUUAAGAACAGAUUGAACAGACCUUUGACUUAUGCUGAAAAGUUGUUGUACGGUCAUUUGGAUGAUCCUCAUGGACAAGAAAUUGAAAGAGGUGUUUCUUAUUUGAAGUUGAGACCCGAUAGAGUUGCUUGUCAAGAUGCUACCGCUCAAAUGGCUAUUUUGCAAUUUAUGUCUGCUAACAUGCCUGAAGUUGCUACUCCAUCUACUGUCCACUGUGAUCAUUUGAUUCAAGCUCAAGUUGGUGGUAAAAAGGAUUUGGCAAGAGCCAUUGACUUAAACAAGGAAGUUUACGACUUUUUGUCUUCUGCUUGUGCUAAAUACAACUUGGGUUUCUGGAAACCAGGUUCCGGUAUUAUCCAUCAAAUUGUCUUGGAAAACUAUGCUUUCCCAGGUGCUCUUUUGAUUGGUACCGAUUCCCACACUCCUAACGCUGGUGGUUUGGGUCAAUUGGCUAUUGGUGUCGGUGGUGCCGAUGCUGUCGAUGUCAUGGCUGGUUUGCCAUGGGAAUUGAAGGCUCCUAAGAUUUUGGGUGUUAAGUUGACCGGUAAGAUGUCUGGUUGGACUUCUCCUAAGGAUAUUAUCUUGAAGCUUGCUGGUAUUACUACUGUCAAGGGUGGUACCGGUUACAUUGUCGAAUACUUUGGUGAUGGUGUUGAGACCUUCUCCUGUACUGGUAUGGGUACUAUCUGUAAUAUGGGUGCUGAAAUUGGUGCCACUACCUCAGUUUUCCCAUUCAACGCUUCAAUGACUGACUACUUGAACGCUACUGGUAGAUCUGAAAUUGCUCAAUUUGCUCAAUUGUACUCCAAGGACUUCUUGAAGGCUGAUGAAGGCUGUGAAUACGAUGACGUUAUUGAAAUUGAUUUGAACACUUUGGAACCUCACGUUAACGGUCCAUUCACUCCAGAUUUAGCUACUCCUAUCUCCAAGAUGAGAGAAACCGCUAUUGCCAACGGCUGGCCAUUGGAAGUUAAGGUUGGUUUGAUUGGUUCUUGUACCAACUCUUCUUACGAAGAUAUGACCAGAGCUGCUUCUAUCAUUGAAGAUGCCGGUGCUCAUGGUUUGAAGUCCAAGGCUAUUUACACCAUCUCUCCAGGUUCCGAACAAGUUAGAGCUACUAUUGAAAGAGAUGGUCAAUUGAAGACUUUUGAAGAUUUCGGUGGUGUUGUCAUGGCUAACGCUUGUGGUCCAUGUAUUGGUCAAUGGGACAGACAAGACAUCAAGAAGGGUGACAAGAAUACCAUUGUUACUUCCUUCAACAGAAACUUCACUUCCAGAAACGAUGGUAACCCAGCUACUCAUGCAUUCGUUGCAUCUCCUGAAAUGACCACUGUUUACGCCAUCACUGGUGACUUGGGUUUCAACCCUAUCACUGACUCCUUGAAGGAUGCUAAUGGAAACGAAUUCAAGUUGGCUGAACCUGUUGGUCUUGGUUUACCACCAAAGGGUUACGAUGCAGGUGAAAACACUUACCAAGCUCCUCCUGCUGACCGUGCUUCUGUCAGUGUUGUCAUUGAACCAACCUCCGACAGAUUACAAAAGUUGACUCCUUUCAAGCCAUGGGAUGGUAAGGAUGCUGAAAGAUUGCCAAUUUUGAUUAAGGCCAAGGGUAAGACCACCACUGAUCACAUUUCUAUGGCUGGUCCUUGGUUGAAGUACAGAGGUCACUUGGAAAACAUUUCUAACAACUAUAUGAUUGGUGCUAUCAACGCUGAAAAUGGUGAAGCCAACAAGGUUAAGAACCACUACACUGGUGUUUACGAUGGUGUUCCAGAAACUGCUGCUGCUUACAGAGACUCUGGUAAGAAAUGGGUUGUUAUUGGUGACGAAAACUUUGGUGAAGGUUCUUCUAGAGAACACGCUGCUUUGGAACCAAGAUUCCUCGGUGGUUUUGCUGUCAUUACCAAGUCAUUUGCUCGUAUUCACGAAACUAACUUGAAGAAGCAAGGUAUGUUGCCAUUGAACUUUAAGAACGCUGCUGACUAUGACAAGAUUGACCCACAAGAUGAAGUUGACUUGCUCGGUUUGACUACUUUGGCUCCAGGUAAGAACUUGACCUUGAGAGUUCACCCAGCUUCUGGUGCCGAAGCUUUCGACAUUGAAUUAACUCAUACUUUCAACAACGAACAAAUUGAAUGGUUCAAGUACGGUUCUGCUUUGAACAAGAUGGGUUCUAAGUAA